AUCUCUGACAUCUGGCGGGAAAUUAAGACAUUAGAUUGGUGCCUAGCAGACUACCGGCUUGAGCCAUUUCGAACAGAGACGCAUUUCCUUUGCAAAAAAAAUGACUAAACUAAUUCAUUCAUUAAUGGACGUGGAAAGCUGUAAUUCUUACGUUGACAACCUGUAUGAUGUAGACAGUGCAAAAUGCCUUGAUGCUGUCAUGUAUAUCAAAAAUAUGAUAAUCGGAUCAAAUAAGGCGAAGAAUAUGAUCAUUCAACAGGGCAUCACUCCCAGAUUGAUCCAACUAUUGGAUGAUCCCAUUGGUGGUGACGAUCUCAAAUUGGAAGUGAUAGCAGUAAUUGGAUCCCUGGCACGAGGAGACGAAAACCACAUCAAAUCCCUAACUGCUGCGGGAGUCAUUCCAUUCCUGUUAAACAAUGUGUGCGCGUCAACCAACCCACAAGUGAUAGAAUUUGCUCUUAGAGCACUGCAACAAUUGUUCCAGAAUGAAGCCACAAAGACCGACCUACUCUUUGCAGACCCAAGGCUGGUGCCUCAACUCCUGAAACUUAUGCCCCUAUCAGUUUGCAAUCAAAUUUCAGUCACCUCGAUCUUUACCAACGCCUGCAAGACGGCCGAGCACCAAGCGAUCCUUUGCGCAAACGGGGCCGUGCCAGCCCUUGCUGCUUUGCUCAACUCUCCUGUAGGCGACGUCCAGCUAGCCGCAUUGGAUGCCAUCGCGUCCCUUUGCUAUCAGAAUCAACGAGUUUCUGCCUUGUUGACUGUUUCUAGUUUCGGCGGAAAAUCUGUAACGGAUCAUCUUGUGACCCUAAUGGCCCGUGACAGGCCGGUAGCUAUGCAGCUAGUGGCCGCCCGCUGCUUGACCUACUUGCAUCGGGCAGGAGCCAUUAGUGCUGAUGACGGCAAAAUUCUUUACAAGACGCUUCCCUGUCUUGUUCGGAUGUGUCGGAAGGAAAACAGGCGGACGGAGAAGGCCCUUGGUGCUGAAACGUUGGCCUACCUCAUUGAAGUGGACACGGAACUGCAACGAAUAGCUUCCAUUUCUGACCAUCUGAUUCAAAAUCUAUCACUUUUCUUGACAAAAUCCCGCGAUAUUCCGGCUGUGCAACUGGGUGGAGUUGAAUCUGUUGACAUCGAGGCACCCAGCGCUAAGGAAGUGCAAAAUCUGAAACAAGCCGCUCUUCGAGCAUUUGCGUCUUUGGGUGCCAACGAUGAAGAUAUCCGUAAGAGGAUCAUCGAAACGGAUCAAUUGAUGGAUCACGUCGUGACGGGAUUGACAGAAUCCGGCGAUCACCGAGUCCAGUUGGCAGCUGUCCGAUGUCUUCAUUCACUCUCUCGAUCCGUCCAGCAACUUCGAACAACAUUUCAGGAUCAUUCUGUAUGGAAACCGCUCAUGAAAUUGUUGCAAAACGCCGACGAAGAUAUCCUGGCCGUGGCUUCCUCCACUCUGUGCAAUUUGCUGUUGGAAUUCUCUCCGUCUAAGGAGCCAAUCCUCGAGUCUGGCGCUGUGGAACUUCUCUGCAAUUUAACACGACGAGAAGAUUCGGCUCUGAGACUCAACGGCAUCUGGGCCUUGAUGAAUAUGGCGUUCCAGGCGGAGCAAAAGAUCAAGACCCAGAUUUUGUCGUCGCUGGGCACGGAUCAAGUCUUCCGGCUCUUGUCCGACCACGAAGUCGGCGUCGUUAUGAAGACGCUCGGCCUAUUGAGGAAUCUGUUGUCGACGAAGCCGCACAUCGACUUGAUUAUGGCCCAGCACGGCCGGCAAAUCAUGCAGGCCGUCAUUUUGAUUUUGGAAGGUGAGCACAGUCCCGACGUCAAGGAGCAGGCUUUGUGCAUUUUGGCCAACAUCGCCGACGGAGAGACGGCCAAAGAGUUCAUCAUGUCCAACGAAGACGUCCUACGCAAACUCACCAACUAUAUGUCGCAUUCGAACGUCAAACUGCAGACGGCAGCCACGUUUUGUAUUGGCAAUUUGGCGUGGAAUGAAGACAGUGGCUGCCGGGAACGUCAAGCUCGUCUUCGAGAACUCGGUGUCUAUCGAAUUUUGCAAAAACUCCUCUGCACCAAUGACGCCACGCUGUUUGAAAAGGUCAAAGCGGCAUUGCAACAGUUUUCCUAAGAAA